AUGUCGGCACUCAGUUCGCUCCGCCUGCCGGGUGUGCCAAUCCUUCACGCUCAUGCUACAGGGGCCGAGUACUCGAGAUGGCGUCGUGGCGUGAGGUUCGCUUGCGAGACCAAGGGGACGUGGGGCUUUUGUGAUGGAACACAUCCAGUGCCCAUGCCCAAAUUAGGAUCAAAAACGGUUUCCUCAACAAGGGCGUCUAACACAUUACAAUCAAGUCUACUGGACGAGCGACGAGCGUGGGUUCGACAGGAUCGCGAAGUCAAACUGGACAUCUUCUUUUCGUUGUCGGAAGAAGUUAUGGAAGAAGUCCUUCACGCCGGUCCACCACUACCACCAUCGAAUAUGAACGCCCAGGAGAUGCUGGCGGCGCUUGAUCGCCGUUUCACAGCCUUCAAGUUCGACGACUACCAUCACGCUUUCUGCCACUUUCUCAACCUACACAUAGAUUCGUAUGCCAGCCUCGAAGACUUUAACAUCGAGUUCCAGACAACACUAGAGGAUCUGCGGGACUAUGGUCACCCACUGUCCAAUAUUCAAGCCUGCAGUGCCUACUUUUCGAAGCUCAGGUGUACACAGAACCCUUGGGUAGCGAAAAGGCUCGAGGAGUGGGAAACACAACCCUCUACCCCGAAAUUGGAAGACCUGAUGAAAGAA